AUAAUUAUUUUAUUGAAAAAUAGAAAUAGAAAUGAAACAAAUCUGAGAGAAAGAAAAGAGAGAGAGAGAUGGAGCACUACUAAACCAGCUUGGACAACAAUCCAAUCGUGGUGCACUUGCCACACUUUACCAGGAAGGAAGGAAGGUUCCAUGCUCACCUUCGAAUGUCAGAAGAUUCAAGGAAAAUCUGGGAAAACGAUUUCACAAAGAGGAAAGGGUUUGCAAAAUUGAAAACGAUUUCAUUCACUUGGUGUGCAUCUUUUCAGUUUCAGAUACUCGGAAUCUGAAUGGCGACAAGAAAUCGCACUUUGCUUUUCCGAAAAUACAGAGAUGCAUUGAAGAGUGUUCGUGCUCCGUCAGCCUCUCCGCCACUUUCUAAAUCUUCUGCCGGUGCUCCCGUCAUUGAAUUGGUCAGCACCUCGCUUCUCAAUCAAAAUCGCUCUUACGCUCCUCUUAGUACCGAAGAUCCUGGAAAUUCAAGUAAGGGUAUAAAUCCAAUUACUGUGGGGCUACCUCCAGCGUGGGUGGAUGUAUCUGAAGAAAUAUCAGCAAAUGUGCAACGUGCACGAACAAAAAUGGCAGAGUUGUCCAAAGCUCAUUCAGAGGCCUUAAUGCCAUCGUUUGUAGAUGGUAAGGAUAAGCAACAUGCUAUCGAGUCUCUAACACAUGAGAUAACUGACUUGAUAAAGAGAUCAGAGAAGAGACUGCGGAGACUUGCUGCUACAGGGCCUUCCGAGGAUUCCAAUGUCAGGAAAAAUGUGCAGCGUUCUCUUGCUACUGACCUUCAGAGCCUCUCUGUAGAGCUUCGUAAAAAACAAUCAAGUUAUUUGAAGCGUCUCAGACUGCAAAAAGAGGGUCAAGAUGGGGUUGAUCUAGAGAUCAACAUGAAUGGAAGUAAAUCUAGAUAUGAAGAUGUUGACUUGGACAAUAUGAUAUUUAACGAACAUCAAAUGGCUAAGCUAAAAAAAAGUGAAGCUUUCACAGUUGAAAGAGAAAAAGAGAUACAGCAGGUUGUGGAAUCUGUGAACGAGCUUGCUCAGAUUAUGAAGGAUUUAUCAGUACUAGUCAUAGACCAGGGAACCAUUGUUGAUAGAAUAGAUUACAACAUUCAGAAUGUGGCAACCACAGUUGAGGAUGGCCUCAAACAGCUGCAGAAGGCAGAAAGAACUCAGAAAAAGGGGGGCAUGGUAAUGUGUGCGUCGGUGCUUCUUAUCAUGUGCUUUGUUAUGUUGGUUCUCUUAGUAAUUAAGGAAAUUAUUUUGUAACCCGUGGUGAUAUUUCAUAUCAUAUUCUUUACAAUAUUGGUCACCUCUCAUUGGUGUGACCUCUCCAUUCACAUACCAUCUCUUGCCUGCUCGGACACAGUACAGCAGCCUGUCUUAGAGAAGACCAUGAUGUCAUGGAGUUUUGGAGUAACCACAGCCACUACACAUUGUUUGGCUACAAGUGGGUGAAGAGGCAAUAUUAAUUCUAUUGCAAUAUUUUUUGUUUUGCCACGGAAGAAGUGGCGCGAUACAUAAAGUCAGAAUAUGUAAAGAGGGCAGUUGUAUGAACCUCUACUUAAACAUUCUUUUGCCUGUGGAACUUGGUGGUGAA